AAUUGUUUUCUUUCUAAUCACACGAGGUCCUCUUUACCACUUUCGUACAUGACCGAAGCCUCUUAUUUUAAUUUUGUUUGCACAUUGUUUCCCCUCUUAUAUUCUUCAGCAUCGACGACCAUUAUUGCCGCUACGUAGCAACUCUUGACUUUUCCCCCCAAAGACAUUAGCUGCAACACACCUAAGGUUGCCAGGUACCUCCGUCUACCUACCUACUUAAUUAAAGAGCCGGAAUCUUACGCGCGUAAGGUGUUGAGCUGCCUUAUUUGCUUUGCUUCUCCAACUCCCGACGGUGCGCCAAAGUCGCCUCUGAUUCGGUUGACGUCCUCGGACAGUGUCAGGCCCUGGGCUUUUGACAAACCUCAGCUCCAAGUCCCCCCCUGAGUAGCCGACAAUCCAGAUCGUCCCUUAUAAACCGCUGUGUCGGCAGUCGUGACCAUGAGCAAAAUAGGGUCAGUUUCUGGUCUGCGGGCGAUGUUUGAGAGUGGCAACAAGGAGGAUACGCCAGAACGAGGGAGGUCACCAGGUUUAUCUGCAGGCACAGAAUCACCUCGCCCGCUUUCCAAGAUUCGAACCAAUUUUGUCGCAGUUGUUGAAAAAGACGGCAGGGUGGGACUAAAAAGAGACCCCAGCUCCGACUCCGUACUCUCCAACUCCAAGAAAACAUCCGACGACACAGACAUCCAAUCAACCACCGCUUCAAGGUCACAGUCGGCGCAAGACACACCUCCAUCCUUUACCGAUCGACUUCAGCAACAGACCAAGCCAUUUCAAAUGGAGUCAAUUCCACAAUCGCCGUUGCACGACUCACCGAAACCAAGCCAGGAUGCCACAUUCGCUCAGCGGACGCCAUCGGCCCCCGGUAAAUUUGCUUCUGGUUCAAACGAUGACAAGACUACGGGUCCGGCACAAGUUGAGGGUUCGAGCAUAACUUUCAAAGCUACAAAGCCCGAUCAGGGUCAAAAUCUUAAUGGAAAGACGGCUGUUGAGAGGGACAAACCCAAGGCUGCAACCAAGGCUUCUCCAGCUAAGGAAGCGGCCAAGGCAGAUAACGGCAAGACCGAUGCCAAAGGGCCAAAGGCACUAUCCGUAACGACAACGAAAAGUAGCAGUCGUCCCGCCAAGUCUCCCGCUGCGACCAAAACCCCAACUAGCCCGGCCAAGGGUCCUAAAUUACCGGCCAAGACUCCGGAGAAGAGGACUUUGGACCCUCAAAAGUCUGCCACGCCAAAGCUCACCCCCAAGGCGGCUACUAAAGCAACAGGAUCUGGCACUGUAACCAAGAAACCGCCCACGGUUCAGAUUUCCCCAUCUGAUAGCCUUGAUCGAGGUGUGGGAUUCGUCAAGCCCAAGCCCAAGUCUCCAACGCGGCCUGUAGCGCUCCCCGCAGGUCUCACCACACACACAGCUGCAUCUGCCACUAGGACAGGGACUGGUCGGCCGUCAUCGUCACGCCAGUCUGGUAGCUACCAGAAUCCUGAGUCAAGGUCCCCGAGUAGGACUAGCACGACGACGGGUGGCACUUUGAGGAGGCAGAGCUCCACUAUCAACCGACCUAGGCCAAGCAUUGGGCCUCCGCCCAAGGCGGCGGCUGUCGACCACCCUGUCACGAAGCGGGAGAAACCUGUGGACGAGGGUUUCCUUGCGCGCAUGAUGCGUCCAACACAGGCCUCCAGUUCCAAGACGCACGAGAAGGUUGCGGCAAGCCCACCUCGUAAGACUCCGGGUAUCUCCACUGCCACGAAGCGCCCCGUUGCCAACAAAGAUAUCGUCGCAGGCGCCGCCAAGAAGACAGUUGCUAAGAGUGAUGCCGCGGUGAGGAAGGCCUCGUCCAAACCUAUCGUGGCCAAACAACCCAGCGAGUCCGAAGAAAAGGCAGCCUCGCAAAAAGGCGCAGCUUCGAAGACGACAAGUAAGCCGAAGUCGCAGGGGGUUGGUGCCAAGACGGGAGGCAAGCCGGAGGCUGCAAAGGCUCCAGAGCCAAUGCCCCAGGCAGCACCAGCGCUCGAGACAAAGCCAGUGUCCGAGCCAGAGCCGGUGCCAGUGCCCCAGGUUAAGACCCUGGAACCCAAGACAGAUGAGGCGCAUGUCGUUCCGGCAGAAGCUUCCGAGGUGGAUCCUGUCGUGGACGAAGCAUCCAAGACGAGCCAGCAAACUGUGGAUCUAAAGACAGAGUCUCCGGGACCGGAAACUGCCGAAGCGACUCAGUCAGCCGAUCCUGUCGAGAUUUCUCCCUCUGAGGAUGUCUCUGUCGCGACCGAAUCCGUUCCUGUUGAUAACGAGGGUUCAGUAGAGCCUGCUCCGGCUGGGCUUGACGGGUCUCUGGCAGAGACUAGCUCUGAGAAGGAACCAACAGAACCCAAGACGCCCGUAGAUGUGACUGAUGUUCAGGAAUCCACAGGUGUCACUGAGGGGUCCCCUGAAGCGGAAGUCAAGCCGAACAACGAGCUGGAGUUGGAACAAGCAGAGGAAGCUACUACGGUAGUAGCAAACUAAAAGAUGUGGGCGGGUCGCAAAGUCCGUAAGGUUUAUAUGUUUGCGGGGAUUUUUUUUUCGUGUUCUACGUUGACUUGUACGGAAUAGGAGAUGCGCACCUAGGAUGCACUUUCACUGUCAGAUCAGAGUUGGUAUAAGCGUGCUGCACAUACUCAGCGAACCCUACCUACUUUAGGUAGGUAGGUACCUAUGUAUACCACGAUUGUGAUUGAACAUGUCUAAAGCCCC